AUGUUUGUGUAUAUCCUACUGUUUACAAUUGCGUUUUUCAUGAACGCUUUGUCAUUUUGUGGUCAGGCAUUCAGAGGUCAUUCAUAUUCCCAAGUACGUGAAAAAUCAGUGCAAGAGAGUGAAUCAGAUGUUUAUAUAGGACGAGAUGAUGUCGGAAAUGCAGUUACGCAUAAAUACACACACAUGUUUCCAUUAUUAUUAGAAAAGGCAAGAUCUUUUUCAAAUCAAGUUGCAGUUUCAGAGAUGGAAAAUUGUAAAGUUAAGAAUAAAAUCACAUAUGGAGAAUUGUUCGAUCAAGUAUUAAGCGUAAGUCAUUAUUUAAACACUCUAGAUGGAGGAAUACCAAUAAAGAAUUAUGAUGAAGAAUGUAACAAAGGUAAUUUCAAACUUUUAGGAAUUUAUGGAUCCAAUUCAACUAAUUGGAUUGUUGCUGAUUUGGCAGCCUUGGCUAGUGAUACAACAUCGCUUGUUAUGCAUUCCAAAUUCAGUAUCGAAGAAGUUUGUGAAAUAUUGAAUGAAAGCAAACUUGAGUGGUUGUGUACUGAUCUAGAAUUGGUUGAUGUAUUGUUAGAAAGGAGGGAACAGUUACCCCAUUUGAAAAAACUGAUAAUUUUAGACACAAUAAAUGAAUCAACGAAUAGACAAAAUAAGGUGGAAAGACCGAAUGUUAGUGAAAAAACAAAUGAGAAACAGAGUAAUAAUGCUAGAGGAGUAGAGGCCACUAAUUCUGGAAUAAAGAAAGGAGAAAAAGAAACAAACGAGGGGAAGGAGGAAGAAAAACACCAACUGUAUAAAAAACUAAUGAUAAAGUCGAAAAAAUUAGGAUUAACGAUGCACAAAAUAGAUGAUUUUAAAAACAAAAAAGUGGGAGAUAAUAUAAAAUUAAAUAAUGAUCCCGAACACAUUUACACAAUUGUAAACACAUCUGGUACUUCUGGAAAACCAAAAGGAGUUAUGUUAAGUAACAGAAGUUUAUACUAUACGUUGAUACCUGUGAGUGAUCAUAGUCUCUUUCGAUUUUACAAACCAGGAAUUCAUUUUUCAUAUUUACCACUUUCACACAUAUAUGAGAGAUCAAUUGUAUUUUUAAGUUUAUAUCGAGGUAUGGAAGUAAGAAUAUGGGGUAAAGACAUAAAUAUGUUUGCAAAAGAUUUAUGUAACUCAGAUGCAAAUAUUAUUGUAGGUGUACCAAAAGUUUUCAAUAGAUUAUAUACAAAAAUUAUGGGAGAAAUAGCUAAUUUACCACCACUUAAACGUUUUGUUGUAAAAACUGUACUAGCCAUGCGUAGAAAAAAUAACUACAGUGGAUUAUCAAAAUUCUUAGAAUCAGUAACACAGAUAUCGAAAAAAAUAAGAGAUAAAAUGAAUCCAUCUUUAGAAGCAUUCCUCAGUGCUGGUGGAAAAAUAUCACCAAAUGUGGAGAGAGACUUAAGUGUACUACUAGAUGUUAAUUUCUAUCAAGGAUAUGGAUUAACAGAAACCUCAGGACCAAUAAUAGCACAACAUAAUUUGGAUACUUCUACAAAUAAUAUUGGAGGUCCUGUGUCGAAUCAUGUACAAUACAAAGUAGUAACAUGGGAAAAUUAUGAAGCAAAAGGAAAAAAACCAAGAGGAGAAUUACUUUUAAAAGCAGAUCAAUUAUUUAGUGGAUAUUUCCAAAAAAAAGAUCAAACUAAGAGUUCAUUCACAGAUGACAAUUUCUACAAAACAGGUGAUGUAGUACAGAUAAAUAAUAACGGUUCUAUUACAUUUUUAGAUAGAUCUAAAGGGUUAGUUAAACUAUCACAAGGAGAAUAUAUCGAAACAGAAAUGUUAAAUAACCUUUACUCAGAUAUUGACUUUAUGGCUUACUGUGUCGUAUAUGGUGAUGAUUCUAUGGAUGGACCUUUGGCCAUUAUAAAUAUUGAUAAAGAAAUUUUUGCAAAAUCUUUAGAACGUGAUGGAAUUUUAAAAGAACAAAAUAUGACAGUAGAGGAUUUUAUGAAAACAAUAACGGAUGAAAAAUUAAAUCAAGAAGUCUAUGUAAAAUAUGUUAGAGAAAAAAUGUCAGAAAUUUACAAAAAGACAAAUCUGAAUAGAUAUAAUGAUAUAAGUGAUAUUUAUUUAACUUGUAAAAUUUGGGAUACAUCCAAUUAUCUUACACCAACUCUUAAAGUUAGAAGGUUCUAUGUCUUCAAGGAUUUCGAUUUCUACAUCCAGAAAAUCAAAAAAAAAUAUGCAGAUAAGUUGAAGGCGAAGUAA